AAGUACAAUAUCACACGAUGGAAUGCAUAUAAUAAUUAAUAUAUUGUUUCAUCUCUUUUAUUUUGAUAUUAAAACUGAAAAGUGAUAUAAUUUUCACAAUGCAUUUGGGUACAUUAGAAACUUGUAAUCGAACGUUAUCUAUACGUUAGAUUCCGGAUAUGGUCCACACGGUCCUCCAUAUAUAAGGAGAAAUCCGACUACCACGUACUGUGUGUAAAUCUAGCUGGACUCGAUAUACCGCAACCAUAUCAUGAUGGCAGCGACACCGGCGAAAAUAUUUCCCAGUGGAUUUAAGAUACCAUGCGUAGGUCUGGGUACAUGGAAGUCAAAACCAGGUGAGGUCGGAGAAGCUGUGAAAUCUGCGAUACGACUGGGUUAUCGGCAUUUCGAUUGUGCACUUGCCUAUCUAAAUGAACAGGAGGUAGGACAGGCAAUCAAAGAGUGUAUAAAUGAUGGAAUUGUCAAACGUGAGGACUUGUUUAUUACAACAAAGCUAUGGAACACCUACCACAGUAAGGCCCGAGUAUCGGAGGGAUGUAAGGAGUCCCUGACCAACCUCGGCAUGGACUACGUUGACCUAUACAUUAUACACUGGCCUUUACCUAUGAAGGAAGGACCCGAAAUGUUCCCGGUAACUGCAGAUGGCAAAAGGGCUGAUGUUGUCGAUAUCGACUAUACUGAAACAUGGACAGCCAUGCAGGAUUUGGUAGACCAGGGAUUGUGUAGAUCGAUAGGUCUGUCGAACUUCAAUUCUAAACAAAUCCAGAGGCUUUUAGAUCUUGGUUUGAAACAUCCGAUAUCCUGUAACCAGAUCGAGAUAUCUCCCUACAUUACCAACGAAAAGUUGCUACAAUUCUGUAAAUCCAAAGAUAUUGUUGUAGUUGCGUAUUCUCCUCUGGGAUCUGCUGAUCGACCAUGGGCCAAACCAAGCGAUCCGACAUUACUUGAGGAGCCUGAAAUAUUAAAGAUGGCAGCUCGGUGCAACAAAUCUGCUGGACAGGUUGUACUCCGAUGGGGUAUACAAAGAGGAUAUGUCGUUAUACCGAAGAGCGUGUCUUCAGCAAGGCAAAAACAAAAUAUUGAACUCUUUGACUUUGCAUUGGAUGACGACGAAAUGAAGAUCAUACACGGGAUGAAUAGGAAUUUUCGUGUUUGUAGAUGGGAAGACAGUUCUAAUCCGAUACUCUAUGCAAUGCACAGUCCCUACUAUCCGUUCCACGAGGAGUUUUAGGAUAUGAGACGAACAGAAAGCAAAAAGGGAUAUAUAUAUAUUAUAUAUAUACUUUCACUUCAUUUAUACCGUGAUUCUGGGACAUUACUUCAAAUACUGUCAUUUUUAUUAUAAAAUUAUAUUUUAGUAAUAAGAUUGCAUGCACGAAUAAAUUUGUCACAAAGAAAUUAAAUUGGCAAUUAUUUAUCAAUUGUUUUGUGUUGUAAUACAGUAUUGUGUUGUAUUGUAUUAAAUACAAUAUUGUAAUAGAGUACUGUAUUGUAGACUUGAUGAGGAAGACAUGCUGAUAAAAGAUAAAUAUAUAUUUUCACUUGCCACCUGUGUUUCAUUUUUUAUGGUUUUGUUAUUGGUAUGUAAUUCAGAGGGCAUUUAAAGCAUCUGGGAAUGGUACCUGAUUUCACUUUCCAUUUGUACUGCUUUAUUUGUUUUAUAUUUAUUCAUAGUAAUGUAAUUCCGCGGGCUAUGUGAAUGUAUACUAAUAUUGUUUUCUAAUUUCCGAUUGUGUACAUUAAAUAUCCAAGUAAUGUGGAAAAUGUCAGUUCGUACAAGGUGAAUAUAUUCAGACCAGGACUAGCUAAGAUUAGAGGGGUUCCAGACGAACUGAUUGUGAUUGGGUGAGCACAAUCAUUUACAGGAUCUAAACACAGUAUACACAAUUUCCACGUUACUUAAAAUCGCUAAGGACAUACAUUUAAAUAGUAAAAAUAGGGGGAAGUCGGUAUGCUUUUAGCAAUCCACACUGGAUCACAUGACAAUAGUAACAUGCAUCAGAAAUUUCACCAAGGAGAUAGAUAAAACGCCUUCCAUUUUCAACCUCGCUUCAUAUAAUCUAUUCUUGGAUUGAUAAAUACAGGUAUCGGCCUCAGUCAAAUGCUAUAAUUGCAAAACUGAUUAUUGUUACAUUAUGAAAUAGUGAUGAGUAAUGAUGUUUUGAAGUGAUGAAUAGUAUAAAAGUGUAAAAAAAAAAAGCUUUCAAAACCUUUAUAUAACCGGUUGAUUUUAAAUUGAUAAAUUGAAUUCAAUUUACGCCAUCGUAUCACUUUCCUUGUCGUCAAUAUACAUAAUCCAUCGAGUCAAUAUACAGAUCCUACUUCACCUUUCUUGAAUAUAUCACUACAUUAUCACCCAAAAACUCUUUGUUACAUAUUGUUUUUGGAAAUAAAAGCUUUUGAAAAGUU